AUGGCUCCUGGUGUUGACGAUCCCAGAAUAUCUGCCCAAGAGGUUUACUCCCCGCAUUUUGCUGGUCGGGCUGGGUUCGGAGCUAAUUCUGUAGGCUUUUGCUAUCAAUGCAGCUGCUGUAACGAGGAAUUACGGGGCAGGUUUAGCCAUUCUGGGUAUUUAAUUGGAAUUUUGGGCUGACCAAUUGUUUAGGUAAACCCAAGGAUCAAUUACAACACUAUUGCCGGUGUCAAUGGACCGUUGGUUAUUCUAGGUAAUCUCACCCGUUCUCCUGCAUCAAGGGUUUCCGUAAUGUUAUCGAAAUAAAAGCCUCCGCUUUUGACGAGAGCCAUGAAACAGUCCUGCGACAUGCGCUUUGCCGUAGCUCGCUAAUCUGGAUUCUUGCCAAGAUAAUGUCAAAUUUCCACGCUAUAACGAGGUAUGAACUUCGGUAUCGCUGGAUAUUGGGAUCCCGUUGGUGACACUGCUAUAAACUAGAUUGUUAACCUCACUCUCCCUGAUGGGACUAAACGUGCCGGUCAAGUUCUGGAAGUUCGUGGAAGCAGAGCUGUCGUUCAGGUUUGGAUUCCACAAAAUAUAAAACGCGAUUGACGUAGCUUGCUAAUAAACCACCUCCUCAACAAGGUUUUUGAAGGCACUCCGGGAAUCGACGUUCGCAAGACGACUGUGGAGUUUAGCGGCCAAAACCUCAAAAUUCCUGUGUCGGAGGAUAUGUUAGGCCGCAUCUUUGAUGGAUCCGGUAGGGCUAUUGAUAAAGGACCUAAGGUUUUUGCGGAGGAUUAUUUGGACAUCAACGGGUCCCCCAUCAACCCCUACUCACGCGUGUACCCCGAAGAAAUGAUUUCCACCGGAAUCAGUGCUAUCGAUACUAUGAAUUCUGUUGGCAAGUCAACCGUGUCGGGGGGGGGCUUGGGCGCAUGGGAAUGGUAGAGCUAACAUCUGCUCUCAGCUCGUGGUCAAAAAAUCCCCAUCUUCUCAGCCGCUGGUCUUCCCCACAAUGAAAUUGCUGCCCAGAUUUGCCGUCAAGCUGGUUUGGUUAAAGGGCCUAGCAAGGGUAUUCAUGACGACCACGAAGAGAAUUUCUCAAUCGUCUUCGCCGCUAUGGGUGUUAAUCUAGAGACCAGUCGGUUCUUCACCCGUGAUUUCGAGGAGAACGGCUCAUUGGAGAGGGUCACACUUUUCUUGAAUUUGGCUAAUGAUCCAACGUAUGAUGCUGAGUGCACGGAAAUAACUGGCGCAGUGCUGACGCUUCAAUAGGAUUGAGCGCAUCAUUACCCCCAGAUUAGCUUUGACUACAGCGGAAUACUUUGCCUACCAAUUGGAGAAGCACGUCUUGGUGAUUCUCACAGAUCUUUCAGCUUAUUGUGAUGCUCUCCGCGAGGUCUCCGCAGCUCGUGAGGAAGUGCCAGGCCGUCGUGGGUAUCCGGGUUACAUGUAUACGGAUUUGUCUACUAUCUACGAGCGCGCCGGACGUGUGGAAGGAAGAAAUGGAUCAAUCACCCAAAUUCCUAUCCUUACUAUGCCCAACGAUGGUCAGAAACACCCCCCAUCCCCUUAUCCGGAAUGAUUGCUAAUCGUCACUAGAUAUCACACACCCGAUUCCUGAUUUGACUGGAUACAUUACUGAAGGCCAGAUCUUUGUCGACCGGCAACUCCACAAUCGUGGUAUAUACCCUCCUAUAAACGUUCUCCCCUCCCUAUCGCGUCUCAUGAAAUCCGCGAUUGGUGAGGGUAUGACUCGUAGGGACCAUGGUGACGUUUCCAACCAACUGUAUGCCAAGUACGCUAUCGGGCGUGAUGCAGCAGCAAUGAAGGCUGUCGUCGGAGAGGAAGCUCUUUCAGCCGAAGACAAGCUUUCCUUGGAAUUUUUGGAGAAAUUCGAAAGGAGUUUUAUCGCACAAGGCGCUUACGAGUCCAGAACCAUCUUUGAGAGUUUGGACCUUGCCUGGAGUUUACUGCGAAUUUACCCCAAGGAGCUCCUUAACAGAAUCCCUGCCAAGAUUAUCAACGAAUACUACCAGCGAAGUGCAAGCGACAGGAAGGGCAAGGGAAAGGCGAGGGAGGGGAGCAAGGAUACUAGGGAUAAUAUUCGGGAGGGUGCUCCCAAGCAGCCGCCCCACACACAGGAAAACUUGAUUGAGACUUGAUGAAUUUAAUUGAAGUUGGGGCUGUAGUGCUUAUGGCGCGCUUGUGAUUUAGCCGCUUCUCAUACCUUUUUCCGCUUUUCCUUCUUUUCCACCAAGAUACUGCCUGGAAUCCAAACUUGAAGUAUAUGUAUGAUCCGAUGGUUUUGGAGAAAAUCAUGUGUGUCGGCCGGUGCACCGUCGCUGGAGGAUUCAUUUUGAUUCAAGCGUAGACAUGAUAGUGCUAGGGGCUUGAUUGUCUCCUUUUUUGAGGUUUAGUCGUACCCACUCUUCCCGGAGGGGAAUGAAGGGGUUUGGGGCUCGCG